UAAUUUGUGUGUGCGUGUGUCAUAUUGAGAUUUUCAAAACCUUCAAAACCUACAGUCACAAAACAUGCCGCCAGAUACACGGAUUAACAAAGAAAUUAUGGUAUCCUGGAUAAGGAAAAACCUACUUCUGGUGCUGACGGUUUCGUCCGUCGUUCUUGGAGCACUAUGUGGUUUCCUGCUCCGCGGGCUUCAGCUUUCUCCUCAGAACAUUAUGUACAUUAGUUUCCCCGGAGAACUUCUUAUGCACAUGCUGAAAAUGAUGAUUCUCCCACUUAUCAUGAGUUCUCUCAUUUCUGGUCUCGCCCAAUUGGACGCUCGUCAAUCGGGAAAACUUGGAUCUCUUGCCGUCACUUACUACAUGUUCACUACUGCCGUGGCUGUUGUUACUGGUAUAUUCUUGGUGUUGGUAAUCCAUCCGGGAGAUCCCACUAUCAAAAAGGAAAUUGGAACUGGUACAGAAGGCAAAACUGUCAGCACUGUCGAUACUCUUCUUGAUCUCCUCAGAAAUAUGUUCCCAGAAAAUGUUGUUCAAGCUACUUUCCAACAAGUUCAAACCAAGUACAUCAAAGUCCGCCCGAAGGUUGUCAAAAAUAAUGAUUCUGCAACGCUGGCUGCUUUGAAUAAUGGAAGCCUCGAUUAUGUAAAAGCUUCAGUUGAAUACACCUCGGGAAUGAAUGUUCUUGGAGUUAUUGUGUUCUGCAUCGCUAUUGGAAUCAGUUUGUCCCAACUCGGUCAGGAAGCUCACGUCAUGGUUCAAUUCUUUGUCAUUAUGGAUAAAGUGAUUAUGAAGCUCGUUAUGACGGUCAUGUGGUACUCACCUUUCGGAAUCUUUUGCUUGAUCAUGGGAAAGAUUCUCGAGAUUCACGAUUUGGCAGACACCGCUCGCAUGUUGGCUAUGUACAUGGUAACCGUUCUCUCAGGACUUGCUAUUCACUCAUUGAUUUCUCUUCCACUCAUCUUCUUCGUUACUACCAAGAAGAACCCAUAUGUGUUCAUGAGAGGACUCUUCCAAGCCUGGAUUACGGCCCUCGGAACUGCUUCCAGCUCUGCCACCCUACCAAUCACUUUCAACUGCCUCGAAGAGAAUUUGGGUGUGGACCGUCGUGUCACACGUUUUGUCCUUCCUGUCGGAGCUACCAUCAACAUGGAUGGAACUGCAUUGUACGAAGCUGUGGCUGCUAUUUUCAUUGCCCAAAUUAACGGAGUUCACCUUUCUUUCGGACAGGUCGUCACUGUCAGUUUGACCGCCACCUUGGCCUCAAUCGGAGCUGCUUCGGUACCAUCUGCCGGACUUGUCACUAUGCUCUUAGUUCUUACUGCUGUCGGACUUCCAGUCAAGGAUGUUUCCCUUAUCGUUGCCGUCGAUUGGCUUCUUGACAGAAUCAGAACUUCCAUCAAUGUGCUCGGAGAUGCCAUGGGCGCCGGAAUUGUCUACCACUACUCUAAAGCCGAUCUUGAUGCACAUGACCGUCUUGCCGCGACUACCAGAUCUCACUCAAUCGCCAUGAACGAUGAGAAGAGACAAUUGGCGGUGUAUAAUAGCCUACCAACGGAUGACGAGAAGCACACUCAUUGAUAAUCAUUGCCCCAGAUUUUAAUCACACCGAAUUAUGAUUUCUAAAUUUUCUCAACUUUCAAAUUUGCUUUGUUUUAUACCCUUAACUUCUCAAAAUAACUUUCUCGGUUUCAUCACCCGACGCUUCAUCUUCCCGAUUGAAAUUUGCUUGACACCCUCCCGAUGAUUCGCUUUUAGAACCACUUCACCACCCGAUGAGCUUCGACUAUAAUUAGGAUAUCUAUUCCAAUUUAGUCCAAUGUCAACUCAGUGUUAUGCAUAAUAAAGUGUUGCAUUUU